AUGAAAGCUGUCUCAACUUGCCGUCUUGCAAUGUCUGACGAACUUCUAGACGAAGUGGAGGCCAUCAACUCCAUCUACGGCGAUGGUUCACUCACACUCACGGAGGACGAGUCCUCAUCAAUAUACAUUCUCAAACUCCCAGGCGAUGCAUCAUCCCUCAAGAUCCAAUUCCCGGCGUCAUAUCCUGCACAACCACCGAUAGUCCUCGGCACGCACCACUCCUCAGGCGGCGUCAAGGGCGCCGGCGCAAGAGACGUGCGCCUCUUCAACGACGUACUGAGCAGUGUGUUUGACCCAGGCAGCGUGUGUCUAUUUGACGCGGUAGAAGAAUUCGGCAGACAGUAUGAGGAGCUUCUCCCCCCGCCGGACCCGGAGCCAGAGCCGCAGCCGGACUCGGAGCCGAAAAAGCAACCACUCUCGGAAUGGGACUUUCCACCACCAGAAUGGGUAUUAUCAGAGGUCGUAGUCGAGAACAAGUCGACGUUUGUGGCGAGAGUGGCGAGGAUCACGACGCCCGAGGAGGCCAAGGGGUUUGUAGCGCAUCUCGUGGCCACGGAUAGAAAGGUGAGGGCGGCGACGCACAACAUCACGGCGUGGAGGGUGAGGGGGGAGGGGGGCACGCAGUUCCAGGACUGUGAUGAUGAUGGGGAGGCGGCGGCGGGGGGAAGGCUGUUGCAUUUGAUGGGGGUGAUGGGGGUUUGGGGGGCGGUUGUGGUGGUGAGUCGCUGGUAUGGGGGGGUGAAGCUGGGGCCGAGGAGGUUUGCGGUUAUUAAUGGCGUUGCGAGGGAUGGGAUGGUUAGGGCGGGCGUGGCGGGGUGA